UUUCAGAAAAAAAAAAAUAUUCCGCUUGGACUUUGCCAAAUAGAAGCGGAAGCUGUACUUUCCUACUCAUAGCGUCCAUUCCAUGGCGCCUAAAAGGCGACAUCGCCGGACAGAGAUGGAACCCAACCGCAGGAUGGUCUCAGAUGAGCCCAUCGAAGGUAAUCAAACUGAUGAAUUCGAUGGGCAUCGCCGCCUUCCCAUUUCGCCCUUUACUAUUUUCUUCGUCGUUCUGUUCUUGCUCGCAAGUUCCUUCGCCGUUUACUGGGGCAGUCGCUCUACUCGAAAAGCUCCAUCACAUCACCUCUCUGUGUACGAGAGAGGCAUCGUCAAGACCGAUGUUUGUUAUAAAGAGAUCCUCAUUGAGAAUGCGAGGGUUAUGUUCAAUAGAUCUGUACGUCAUUUUCCAAAUCCUGUGUUGGCGUACAUAACUCCAUGUUUAGUUGAACGGGGUUUGAAUUGCAUUCAAAAUACAAGGUGA